CAAUCAACCUCCAUCCACAAGAAUCUUAGAAAUUGAUCGAGUUUUUGUUAUUCUCACCGGGUUUUUGUGUUCUCAGGCAAAGACCCAUCUCUUUUCUUCUUCUCUUCAUCAUCUUCUUCCUCGUCGUUGAAUCUAUUAACAUCCCAUUUCCAUGCGCGUGUCUUCAGACAUAGUUCUGCUCGGAUUUCCCGUUUGCUUUCUUCCAGGUUCGUGUUCUUUCGAGUAAUGAAUCCUGGGUUUCGAGUAAAGCCUCGAAAUUUCUGUCUCUGAAUUCAUGUUUCUUUCUGAUUUCCGCCAUAGAUGCUCCUGUCAUGAUGUUUCAUAGAAAAAUCUGGUAAAGUCUGUACCUUUUUGCUAGUUCUUAGAUGAUCUGGAUCACUCGUUGCACUGGGCAUUUAUUUUGCUAAAGGUUGAUGCUGAUGUGAAAGAUUAUCAGUCCAUUCAGGGUACGAGGAAUAUAACAAGCUGUCGUAGUUACAUUCGAUGAGCAUGAGUGAAUAUAGGGAGAGCCAUUCAUCCACCAGGGAGAAAAAGCUCAAGAACCCUGAAAGUAAGAACAAUUCUGGUACACCCAGGAGUGAUCUUUGGACAGAUGGCCUUAUCUGCGCCUUUGAAUUUGUCCGAGGCACGAGGAAAAACACAGGUGGAAAGUCUGUUUCCACAUUGCCAAGCAAGAAACUGGACAGACCCUUAGGGGUUUCUUCUUCCCCAGGAACUGGGGAUGGUCAAUUCUUUGAUUCCUCUGCCAUUGAUGAUCUGAGGGAAAGGGCCGUAUCUUCUCACGGUCAUAAAGAUGGCCAGGGGUUUCAACCGGGGAAAUUGGAGAGCUUUGAGGGUAGUCGUUGGGUACCUAUUGGAUGGUCUAGGAUUUCAGAACUAGUUCAAACAGUACAAGUGAAUUCAGAGUGGCCAUUACAGAGUACAGAGUUGAUGGAUGAUGAAGAGGAUGUCCCUGUUGCAGAUUUAGCAGCUCCUUACUGGGAACGGCCAGGAGGUCCGACAUGGUGGUGUCAUGUGGUGGCCGGACACCCAUCUGUUGAUUCAUGGCUCAGAAAUGCUCAAUGGCUACAUCCUGCUAUUAGUUUAGCGUUGAGAGACGAAAGUAAGCUAAUAAGUGAACGGAUGAAACACCUUCUAUAUGAGGUUCCAGUGAGGGUUGCGGGGGGUUUGCUAUUUGAGCUUUUAGGACAAUCGGCCGGUGAUCCAUCGGUCAACGAGGACGAUGUCCCUGUUGUUCUCCGAUCAUGGCAAGCUAAAAAUUUCUUGAUAACUGUUAUGCACAUAAAAGGAAAUGUAUCAAACAUCAAUGUCCUGGGCAUCACUGAAGUUCAGGAGCUACUUUACGCAGGAGGUUAUAACGUGCCGAGAACAGUUCAUGAGGUCAUAGCACAUUUAGCUUGUCGUCUUACUCGUUGGGACGAUAGAUUAUUCCGCAAAUCGAUAUUUGGUGAAGCAGAUGAAAUCGAACUGAAGUUUGUGAACAGGAGAAACCACGAGGACUUGAAUCUUUUCAGUAUCAUUCUGAACCAAGAGAUCAGAAAAUUGUCAAGACAGGUCAUCCGAGUGAAGUGGUCGCUACACGCAAGAGAAGAGAUCAUCUUCGAGCUUCUCCUGCAUUUGAGGGGAAGUGUGGCAAGAUACUUGUUGGAGAGUGUAAGGAAGAGCACGAGGGAAAUGAUGGAGGAACAAGAAGCAGUUCGGGGACGUUUAUUCACUAUCCAGGAUGUUAUGCAAAGCAAUGUCCGUGCAUGGUUACAGGACAAAAGCCUAAGAGUAAACCACAACUUAGCUGUCUUUGGAGGAUGUGGGCUUGUCCUUACCAUAAUCACAGGCUUGUUUGGCAUCAACGUGGACGGUAUCCCGGGCAGCCAGAACGCUCCAUACGCGUUUGGUUUGUUCUCCGGGAUCAUGGUUUUCGUAGGAGCUGUCCUCAUCGUGGUCGGUCUGGUUUACCUCGGGUUAAAGAAGCCUGUGACAGAGGAACAAGUCGAAGUAAGGAAACUAGAGUUACAAGACCUGGUUAAGAUGUUUCAGCAUGAAGCGGAAACUCAUGCUCAGGUUCGGAGAAACAACCUUUCUCCCACCGCAGGAGAUGUUCUUGAUGCAGACUAUGUUCUGAUCCAGUGAAAAACCCUAAAACUGUGUCUUGAUCUUCUUUUAUAUGGUGAACCUUCGAGGGUCAUCUUGUUGUAUUUUGAUAGUUUUCUGUUGUAGUUGAUAGAAUUUGGCCAUCUGGAUGCUGAAACAAACUCAAAGGCUAAGACUUUUGAGCAGACAGGUCCAUGGAAUAUGUCUCUGUGUGGAAUCUACAUUGUUAGGACAAGACCAGAAUGAAUUUCACUGUGCUGACAACUUUUGAUCUAUGAUUGAUCAUUACCCUUUUUCCA